AUGGUGGAACGGCUCGGUUCGGUGAACCCGACAAAACCGGCCAAUGUGGCCGAGGCGGCCCAAUUAGCGGUUCGGCAGAAGAACUUCAACCGAACUUGUUGCAACAUGUGCCACAUAAAGCUGGGUGCCGCAUUUCUGGGAGUCGUCGAAGCGAUUAUAGCGGUUUCGGUGCUUAUUGGGGCUGUGCAACAAGUUCUUUGGAAGAAUCAACAUUCAUCGUCAUGUGCCAAAAACAUCUUCCGCGACUGUCUCAUCUACCAAUUCAACCAUUUCAACGUCACCCUGAUAUUCGACUACGUCGUCAUCCUAAUGAUGAUUCUUAUUCUAUUCUCUGUGCUCUGUCUAUUUUUCGGUGUGGCCAGUGACACUUCCUGCCUAAUCCUUCCACAUAUCGUAGUACAAGCCAUCUUCCUUCUAUUCUCCGUUGGAUAUUUCAUCCUUUAUGCGUUCUCCUAUUUCUAUGGAGAUUUGAUAGUUCAUCAUAGGACGUUCAUGGACAUCGAAGACAACCGUCGUCGACGAGAAUCAGCAUUCGAACGCUGCAGUGAGCGAGUUCGGAUAGCCAAAGAAAACGGAUUAUGGAGAACAACUAGUUGGGGAGGAGGCUUCCAGCAAUACAAAGGACAAUAUGAUCGUCCGAAAAAAGAAAUCAAGAAUAAAGGAUAUCAUGUACAAUGGAACACAGAUGUAGAAGCUGGAUUUGGAUUCGGAUUCAAAAAAGAUGCAGUUGAAUUGGCUAGAAUCGAAUCUUUGGAGACUCCUCCAUUGAGUCCGAUCCCUGAAGAUGAAAUCAAAGAACCCUCACCUUCAAAAGUAGUUCAUAAGCUGAACAGAAGUUCUUCGAAAUCUGAAGAAAGAAGAGGUUCGAACACCUCAACAGGAUCUCAUCGAGUGAGUCGUGGAGUCUCUGAAACCCCUGUUAAAAAGGACUCAAAACAACAACCAAGAUCAGUAAAAAAGACAGCGUCAGAAGGGACGAGUAGAAUGGAGGAGGACUUGAGAAGAAUGUCUUCAACAAAAGAACAUCAUCAUAAGGAACAUCUUCAUCAUCCAGAAUCCAAGGAUUCACCAAGUAUGCCGAAGCGGCAUGCAAAGUUAAGAGUAACUGAAAGCACGAGAGAACCUCAAAAAACGCCAACCACUGCACGUCGACCUUCAUUGACGAAGAACCGAAGUGUGGAUAGCGGGGAUCAGUAUGAUGAAGUUGCCGUGUUUUAUAAAGAGAAACAUCAUCGGAGGAAAUCUUCGGACCAUGGGCAUGGGGCACAUUCAAGGAGUAAAAUGAGCAGGUCGCCUGAAAAAUAUAAAAUCGCUUUUUGCUUAAUAUUCAAACAUCACAACUGCUUCAACAAUAGUUCACCACGAUCAAAACUUCAAACUGCAAAAAAUGUAUCCAAUUUCAGAAAAAGAAAUCCCUAUCGUCAAAAAAGUGUCCAUCACGGCAUCGUCUGUUCCAUUCUGCUGACAUACACCUCUUCAACAGUACAAUUCUAUUAUUUUUCCAAUUUGAUAAUUUCAAUCGAUCUCAAUUUCUGUACAUUUCUUCGCCCCUCUAUCAAGAAGGUUUUUUCUUCGAAAACCAUGAUUUUUCACAACGAGAUGCCUAUCCCAACAACCACCGAAAAAGUCAAUAAUUUCCAUUUUGUCACCUGGCGACUGUUUGAUCCCUUGUAUCUUCUCUUCGUCAUUCCAGUCACCAUUCAUUACAUCCUUGUGCUUAAAGCCGUUUCCAACUUUCGAGAGUCAAAUUCUUUUUUGUACAUUUUUGCGAUUCUUGGAGUGUUUGAUGUGGCUUACUGUUUUGCGAUGCUGGGAUGUGAACUUCUGCAUUAUACACAGUUUUUAUCUCCGUUCGGUUUUGUGUGCUGUGUGGUCCUCUCGUAUUACGGAGUGUUUUUCAAUUUGCUGUCCAAUGGAUUACUAUCGGUGAACAGAUUAUGCGCGACAUGUGUUUGGUAUAAUACGUACUUUUCUCAUUCCUGCAUCAAAGUCUACUUAUACAUCAUCUCAAUAAUUACCCUGAUAUGCACUUUACCAGGAGGUGUUCUAAUGUUCAUUUAUCUCUUCAAGGAUUACGGUCUAGCUGUCCAAUACGGAAAAACUGGCCUUGAAUCUUUCAACACCCAUCGAACCAUUAUAAUCACAAUGAUGAUAAGUGAUGGGUUAGUUGGAUGUGUGACAAGUUUAAGCACUAUGUAUCGCUUGAGAAAGUACAAAAUCAGCUAUGAUAAGAGCCUUCUUCUUGUAACUACUCUUCACAUUUUCCCGGAUGCUUUCGUCAGUAUGUUCAAUCUGGAUAUGAUUUUCCAAUACACCGGAGAUUCUCAAUAUAUGAAUGAGCUGAGUCGAAUGUUCCUUGUUUUUUUGGUGUCAUUCAACAGCUUGACCAUCGUCUGCACCAAUCGUCAGAUUCGUCAAGAGUACUUCCGAUUGCUAUUCUUUUGGAAGAGAAUUUGUUCGAGCAGGACAGUUCCGCUUUCUAGCAUUAAAAUUGAAAGUUUUAGAAGAACAAGAUCCGCUUCUUCGUGUUCCCUUUUCUUCUUUUUUUCCCGAAUGUUCCGUGCCACUACCAAAGCUCCUGCUCUUCCAGUCAAUAAUUUUCACUUUGAAACUUGGAGACUUUUCAAUCCAUUCUACCUGUUAUUCUACUGUAUUCCUGUCACAUUUCAUUACUUUCUUGUCCUUAUCGUUAUCCGAAAAACCAGAAGAUCCAGUGGAUUUUUCCUUAUUUUCUAUCUCGCGGGAAUAUCCGAUGUAGUCUAUUGUCUCUCAAUGCUCUCAUCGGAAUUUAUUCAUUACACUCAACUAUUGCCAAGAUUCAUUUUUGUAUGUUUCGUGGUAAUUUCCUAUUAUGGAGUGUUUUUCAACCAUUUGGCCAAUAUUUUAUUGUCUGCAAAUCGAUUCUCAGCGACUUGUGUUUGGUAUAAUAAUUUUUUCGAUGAAUCCUCGAUCAAAAAAUACUUCGUUGGGAUUACGGUAGUCUCGUUUGUUUUCACACUACCUGGUGGAAUCGUCAUGUUUAUUUAUUUGUUUAUGGAUUGGGGAACACAAGCUCAAUACUCAAAAACAGGCCUCCUUUCAUUCAAUCUUCAUCGAACUAUCAUUAUAUCUUUGACUAUAACCGAUACUAUUCUCGGAAUUGGUACAAGCAUUGCAACUAUUUAUCGUCUGAAGGCAUACAAGUUUUCUUAUGAUAGAAGUCUUCUCCUUAUCACCACUCUUCACAUUUUCCCGAAUAUCCUCGUCUCAAUGUUCAAUUUGGAUAUGAUGUUUCAGUUUUCAGGAGAUUCGAAACUUUCAAAUGAAUUGAGCCGAAUUUUUCUCAUAUUCCUGGUCUCUUUCAACAGCCUCACCAUAGUGGCAACAAAUCGCAAAAUUCGAAGAGAGUACCUUCAGAUUUUUAUAUUCUGGGAUGUAUCAGAAUCCGUUGUUGGAACGGUUUCAGUGAGGAAAAGAUCCACAACAAUGGCAACUCCUGGAAUGGGUCGGAUUACUGUAUUUUAA